AUGGCCGCUCUCGCUCAAACCCCCGUCCCUGUGGACAUCUUCCCCGAUGGCCUGAAAACCACCGGUCAACAUCCCCCUCUCGCCGACCACAUCCACCCCUUUGACAAAUUCCCCAAGGAGAUCUCGGGGCCAACCCUGUGGAAGGCCGAGGAUUACCGCGACCAGCCGGAGAAGUGGACGCAUCGCUUCACGGACGAGGAGAUCGCCGAGCUAAGCGGUUCCGCGGAUGCCUUUCUUCAGAGCAAGAUCCCGUUGACAGGGAUUAGCAAGUCCAACUUCCCCCUUCCCAACCUCUCCCACCGUCUCGAGACCCUCCGUCGGGACCUCAUCGACGGCAAGGGCUUCAUCCUCUUCAAGGGCUUUCCCGUGGAGAAAUGGGGCAACCACAAGUCCGCCGUCGCCUACAUGGGCCUGGGCACGUAUCUAGGCUACUUUGUCAGCCAGAACAGCCGUGGUCAUGUGCUGGGACAUGUGAAGGAUCUCGGCGAGGACUCGACCAAGAUUGAUUCGGUGCGAAUUUAUCGGACGAAUGCUCGGCAAUACUUCCACGCCGACGACUCCGAUAUCGUCGGUCUCCUCUGCAUCGCGCGCGCCCUCGAAGGCGGCGAAUCCGACAUCGUCUCCUCGCACAACGUCUACAACGUCCUCGCCAAGGAGCGUCCUGACGUACUCAAGACCCUCACCGAGCCUAUCUGGUACUUUGACCGCAAGGGCGAGACGAGUAAGGGCCAGGACGAGUACAUCAAGACGAGUGUCAUGUAUCUGGAACGUGGGGAGAAUGCGCGCGUGUAUACGAAAUGGGACCCCUACUACGUCCGCUCCCUGACCCGCUUCUCCGACGCCGGAAUCAUCCCACCCCUCUCGCCCGCCCAGCUCGAGGCCCUCGAAGUCCUCGAAGCCACCUGCAACCGUCUCUCUCUCCACAUGAUCCUCGAAGUCGGGGACAUCCAAUUCGUCUCAAACUCGCACGUCUUGCACGCUCGCACCGCAUACACGGAUCAUGCGCCGCCCGCGCCCCGCAGACACUUGAUGCGUCUGUGGUUGGCGACGCCGGAGCAUGAGGGCGGCUGGAAGUUGCCAUUCUGGGAUAGUAAUGAGAAGAAGAGAGGGGGCAUUCAGGUUGAUGAUCAGCCGCCGGUGGCGCCUUUGGAUGCCGAGUAG